AUGCCUGCAGUGCCCAUUGCUGAUGGUGAUAGUGGUAAUGGCACUGAUGUUGUGCCUGCAGCACCCAUUGCUGAUGGUGAUAGUGGUAUUGGCACUGAUGUUGUACCUGCGGUGCACAUUGCUGACGGUAAUGGUGGAAAUGGCACUGAUAGUCUCACUGCACUCUUGGCCCAAAUGAACAUUACUGGGGAUCAAGCGUCUGACAUGACCUCCACGAUCCAUGAUGUGGUCCAGAACGCGUUGGUUGCCGCUGUUUCCAUUAUCAGCACUGUUUUGACCACUUUGGCAUCAGCUUCACCCACCCCAGCAUCAACUCCUGUUCCAACUCUCACUCCAUCACCUGUGUUAGUGCCUGCUCCACUGGCUGUAGUGCCUCAGGUCAAUGUGACCUACCAUGUGCCAGCGGCUGGCGCUAUGGGACCCUUCUACUGGGUGACUCAUGGCCACCGCAUUGGCAUAUUCUCUACUUGGCAACAGACCUCCUCCCAUGUGAUCGGCAUGAGCAGGGCCUCUUUUUCAAAGGUCCUCUCAGUAGCUGAAGGCAUUUGGUUGAUGGAAGAGGCGAUUGACUGCAGUGAAAUGGAGGUGUUGAUGUAA